AGUGCGCGCGGGGCUCCCGGUCGGUGCGUGCGUGCGCGCGCGCGUGCGUGUGUGUGUGUGUGUAUAUAUACCCGAGCGGGGAGGCUUCUUGGAAGCGUCUCUCAGCAGCGCUGCUCUAUGCAGAGGGAAGGGCUCCGCUGCAGUGGCGGCAGCAGCCACCCCCCCCCCCCCCACCACCACCUCUUUGCUCCCUUCCCCCCUCUUUUGAGAGUUUUAUUAUCCCUCCUCCCGCUCCUUGCUUCUUCCUUCGGCUCUUUUUUUUUUGGGGGGGGGGAGUUCCGAGGGCGGCGCGCACGCAGCAAGAAGGGAAAGAAAAGUACUGGGACUGACCCCGUGCUGCUCCAAACCCAGAGGCAGGAGGCGAAGAGGGGGGUUGGCUUCUCCCCCAGGGUAAAGCCCUGCUCCUCCCCCCCUCCCCCAUAGCCGCCUCACAGCAAAGCGAGAGGGACGGAGGAAAAGUGGAGGAAAGCAGCUAUUCUGCGCUGGCCUUUGGAGUAAAGGGAGCCGGGAAGGGAAGGAUGGCUGUGGUUCCCCGAGCCGGCUGCAGGGCAGCCCUCUUCCUCUGGAUUUUCAGCAGCAUCAGCUGCCGAGCCAGGACGGCGCUCCCUGCAUCCCAAAAAUGUGAUGAACCACUGGUCUCAGCAUUAUCCCACUCCUCCUUCAGCAGUUCAUCAUCUAUGACUAGUAGCUAUGUACCAGGGUAUGCAAAGCUAAACAAAAGAGGAGGGGCUGGAGGCUGGUCUCCAUCAGAUAGUGACCAUUAUCAGUGGCUGCAGGUGGAUUUUGGGAGCAGGAAACAAAUCAGCGCUAUUGCAACGCAAGGCAGAUACAGCAGCUCCGAUUGGGUGACUCAAUACCGAAUGCUCUAUAGUGAUACAGGGAGAAACUGGAAGCCAUAUCACCAGGAUGGAAACAUUUGGGCAUUUCCUGGAAAUACAAAUUCUGAUAGCGUGAUCCGGCAUGAUUUGCAGCAUCCAGUUAUAGCCCGCUAUAUUCGCAUAGUUCCUCUGGAUUGGAAUGGAGAGGGCCAAAUUGGGCUGAGAAUUGAGGUCUACGGCUGCCCUUAUUGGGCCAAUGUUAUCAAUUUUGAUGGCCAUGCUGUGUUACCGUACAGAUUCAGGAACAAGAAAAUGAAAACAUUGAAAGACGUCAUCACUCUGAAAUUUAAAACCUCUGAAAGUGAAGGUGUCAUCUUCCAUGGAGAAGGGCAACAAGGAGACUAUAUCACCCUGGAACUGAAAACAGCCAAGCUAGUCCUUAAUUUAAAUCUAGGUAGCAACCAGUAUGGCUCAAUUUAUGGUCACACAUCUGUGAUUACAGGCAGCCUCUUGGAUGACCACCAUUGGCACUCCAUUGUCAUAGAACGUCAUGGGAGGAACAUCAAUCUAACACUGGAUAGGCACAUGCAACAUUUCAGAACCAAUGGGGAAUUUGAUUACCUGGACCUGGACUAUGAGAUAACCUUUGGUGGCAUGCCUUUUUCUGGGAAGCCAAGUUCAAAUAGCAGGAAAAACUUCAAAGGUUGUAUGGAAAGCAUCAAUUACAAUGGUAAUAAUAUCACAGACCUUGCCAAGAGGAAGAAAUUGGAACCUUCUAAUGGGGGAAACUUGAGUUUUUCGUGUGUGGAACCACAUACAGUGCCUGUCUUUUUCAAUGCUACCAGUUACCUGGAAGUCCUUGGUCGCCUGAAUCAGGACCUGCUUUCAGUCAAUUUCCAGUUUCGGACCUGGAACCCCAAUGGACUUCUCCUCUUCAGCAACUUUGCCGAUGGAUUGGGUAAUGUCGAGAUUGACCUGACUGAAGGCAAAGUUAGUGUUCACAUCAAUGUCACCCAGGUGAAGAAGAAUCGAAUAGAUAUCUCAUCAGGCUCAGGACUCAACGAUGGGCAAUGGCAUGAAAUACGGUUUCUAGCUAAGGAAAACUUUGCUGUCCUCACUAUUGAUGGAGAUGAAGCCUCAGCAGUUCGAACAAACAGUCCUCUGCAAGUUAAAACUGGGGAGAAAUAUUUCUUUGGAGGGUUCCUUACACGAACAAAUGACUCCGAUCGUUCCCUGCUCCAGCUCUCAUUCCAAGGAUGCAUGCAGUUUAUUCACGUGGAUGAUCAACUGGUGGAUUUGCAUGCAGUGGAGCAAGGCAAACUAGGAAGCUUUGCCAAUGUCAGCAUUGAUAUGUGUGCCAUUAUUGACAGGUGUGUUCCCAAUCACUGUGAACAUGGUGGCAAAUGCUCCCAAACGUGGGACAGCUUCAAAUGUACUUGUGAUGGAACUGGAUACAAUGGCGCCACCUGUCACAACUCUAUUUAUGACCUCUCCUGUGAAGCAUACAAACACCUGGGCAAAACCUCAAAUUAUUACUGGAUAGAUCCAGAUGGCAGUGGGGCACUGGGACCUUUGAAAGUUUACUGCAACAUGACAGAGGAUAAAGUGUGGUCAACUGUGUAUCAUGAUCUGCAGAUGCAAACUUCAGUGGUAGGCAACAGCCCGGAAAAGUACUCUGUAUUACAGCUCAAUUACAGUGCCACCAUGGAUCAGAUCUCUGCCAUCACCAGUAGUGCUGAAUACUGUGAGCAGUACAUCUCCUACUCCUGCAAGAUGUCAAGGCUGCUGAACACCCCAGAUGGGAAUCCAUACACCUGGUGGGUUGGAAAAGCCAACGAGAAACACUAUUAUUGGGGUGGCUCUGGACCUGGCAUUCAGAAAUGUGCCUGUGGUAUUGAACGCAAUUGUACUGACGCCAAAUACUACUGCAACUGUGAUGCUGAUGCUAAACAAUGGAGAAAAGAUGCUGGGCUCUUGUCUUACAAAGAACAUCUACCAGUGAGUCAAGUGGUGGUUGGAGAUAUUGACCGAUCGGGAUCAGAAUCCAAGUUAAGUGUGGGUCCUGUGCGCUGUCAAGGAGACCGGAAUUACUGGAAUGCUGCGUCUUUCAUUACUCCAUCAUCCUACCUUCACUUCUCCACGUUCCAAGGGGAAACCAGCGCAGACAUCUCUUUCUAUUUCAAAACAUCAGCCCCUGAUGGAGUGUUUCUUGAGAAUUUGGGGAAUACAGACUUCAUCAAACUUGAGCUGAAAUCUGCUAUUGAAGUGUCCUUUUCAUUUGAUGUUGGAAAUGGCCCAGUGGAGAUCAUUGUCAUAUCCCCCAACCCACUCAAUGAUGACCAAUGGCAUCGAGUCAUCGCUGAGAGAAAUGUCAAGCAGGCCAGUCUGCGGGUGGACCAACUGCCACAGGAGAUCCGGAAGGCACCAACGGAAGGCCACACACGAUUGGAACUGUAUAGCCAGUUAUAUGUUGGUGCUGCAGGUGGACAGAGAGGAUUUCUGGGUUGCAUUCGCUCUUUAAGAAUGAAUGGGGUGACUCUAGACUUGGAAGAGAGAGCAAAGGUCACACUGGGGGUGAAACCUGGUUGCUCUGGCCACUGCACCAGCUAUGGAAUGUACUGUGAGAACGGAGGGAAAUGUGUUGAGAAAUACAAUGGCUACUCCUGUGACUGUUCCAAAACUGCAUAUGAUGGACCAUUUUGCAUAAAAGAUGUUGGAGCAUUUUUUGAAGAGGGGAUGUGGCUUCGAUAUAAUUUCCAGUCCCCAGGGAUCAGUGCGAAAGACUUAAUCAGCCGAGCUAUGUUGAGCUCUACAGACCAUGAUAACACUGUGCCAGACCUCAGCUUGAAUAAGGAGGUGCUCAGUUUCAGCUUCAGUACCACCAAGUCCCCUUGUGUCCUCCUGUAUAUCAGCUCUUACACCCAGGACUACAUGGCGGUGCUUGUCAAGCCAUCUGGAAACUUACAGAUUCGAUACAACCUUGGAGGCACUAGAGAGCCAUAUAACAUUGAUGUAGACCACAGAAACAUGGCAAAUGGACAGCCACACAGUGUUAAUGUCACACGGAAUGAAAGGGACAUAGUUCUCCAGCUUGAUCAUUAUCCUCCAGCAAGUUACAGCCUGCCGAUAGCAUCUGACACUCAGUUCAACUCCCCAAAGGCACUCUUCCUGGGAAAAGUUAUAGAAACUGGGAAGAUCGACCAAGAUAUCUAUCAAUACAACACACCAGGAUUCACUGGCUGCCUGUCUAGAGUGCAGUUCAACCAGAUUGCCCCACUCAAGGCAGCCCUGAGACCUACCAACACCUCCUCUCACGUCCACGUUCAAGGAGAGCUAGUGGAAUCCAACUGCGGAGCAUCUCCACUGACCAUCCCACCAAUGUCUGCUGCCACUGACCCCUGGCAUUUAGAUUCAGCCAGUGCUGAUUUCCCAUACAAUGGUCAAGCUAUAGGAGAUGGAGUUAACAGGAACUCUGCCAUUAUUGGAGGUGUCAUCGCUGUUGUGAUCUUCACGAUACUUUGCACGCUGGUGUUCCUGAUACGCUACAUGUUCCGUCACAAGGGAACCUACCACACCAAUGAGGCCAAGGGGGCGGAGUCUGCUGAGAGCGCUGAUGCAGCCAUCAUGAACAAUGACCCCAACUUUACGGAGACCAUCGACGAGAGCAAAAAAGAGUGGCUUAUCUGAGAGUGUGUGGAGGGGGUUGGAAGCAGGGCCGGGGUGGGGGUAGGGACGACUCUUUUAGCGAGGUGAGAACGCUCUACUUCAGACUCUUGAGCACAUCUAGUAAAAAGAUCAGCACAAAUGGAAGAGCAAGCAACAGGCAAAACCGAUGAGACUGGAAACAAGGAUAACACACACAUUUAAGAAAAGUACUUUUUAAUAUUCAUUUGCAAUGAAUUUCCCCUUCUGUAUCCCAACAACAACAAACAACAGCUUUUAGAGCUUCAGCAUUGGUUAAAAUUUGUCAGUAAUACCUGUCUUUUCUGUGUGUGUUUAGAGGUGUUCUAAAUACCCGUGAUGAUAACAGGGCCAGUUUUCUACAUUUUUUAAAAGCCCUUUAGAAUGUGGAUAUUUCUGUCUUGAAAACAGCUUACAAAUCGAUACAUCCUCAAAGUGUUCUUUUCAGUCAUGCAUAGUCGGUUCCAGACAGGUUGCCAUAAUACCUGUUCACAUAUUGUUUCAUUUGGUGGUGUUUGAAUUGGGGUUUAAAAGUUCUAGGGGAGGAAAUGAGGUAGGGAAAAGAGGAUCAAAUCAUAUUUGCCAAUUUUCAGUCAUCUUGUGCCAACACUUUAAGAGUCUCCCACUUUGGCACAGGCAUUUCAAAAUGUUGAUUCUGUAUAGUACUUAUCAGCAAUGUAAAAAUAUUAUAAUUAUUCUGACUAUAGGAGAGGAGUAAAAGCACAGGAAAACUUUUGUGUUGGUUUGUUUGUUUAAAUCAGAAGGAGACUGUAUACCUAAUCUGUUUCUGUAACUUUGGCUAUGAUGCUGCUAACCUGAGGCCACACGGCGGUUUCAGUUUAAACUCAGCUCUGCCUGUGAUAUAUUGGCGUACACUGUAUGUAGGCAUAAGCAUUGUAGCUGGGAAUUAGUCAGACUUUACCGUUUGUUUGCUUCAUAGGCUGUCACAGAACUAUUGGUGCAGUUCUAAGGAAUGCAUUUGAUCCAACAGUUUUCACAUAAUACUUUUCUGUCAUUGGCAUAGCAAUUUAGUUUGUUCUUUAAAUCUUUGGUUUAAAUCCCUUUGUGAAGAAAGCCUCUGUCACAGUGUUCUCUCGGGCAGUAAGGUAAAACCAGAGGCUUAAAGACUCCUGCUCAGAGACAGAGCAGCAGAAACACACAGCAUAAGAGCAGAGGUCCUUUUUUUAAUAAACAGAUUUGCCUGAUCAGUUUCACUGUCUUUUUGGAGUAAUGACUAAGGACUGCAAAUGCAAUAUCUAGUGCUUCAGGGAUCACAAUCUCUCAGACCAGCUGAAUGUCAGGCAUGUCACUGAGAAAGAGGCAGUCAGUUUGCAGAGAGGGUAAGUGGUAGCCUGAAUAGUUAAUUUCAUCCUUGGAUGGCAAUAAAGUGGUUUUUGCUUCUCCACUGCAAAGGAGCAGGAGUCUCCAAUAACCUUGUUUAAUGGAGACACAGGGCCUUAUGGGUAGUUGUGUGGAACAGAAUGAAGAUAUGAAUGUAUAGCAGGACAUUUACUGUGCAUCAAAAACCAGAAUCAAUACUAAGAAUUUCUUAUGAAAGGAUUUAUGCCUGUGGCAUUUUUGGUGUCAUGUAACCUUAUAAUAUUUACAAUUUUGGUAUGCACAGCUUUAAUCCAUUCCUUCAGUAUCUAUUUGCAAGACUUGUUUGAAAUUCAGAUGAACAUCACUCUGAUGAACUAAGCAAUGCUGUUUUCUUUUAGUUCCUUCUUCCCCUUUCUUUAUUUUUGCUUUAUAGCAUUAUUUUGUUGGAUGUUGUAAAUUGAAAGGACAUUUUUUUUUAAUUAGAGAUGGAAUAUUGGAGCAUUUUCAGGAUUCCUUUGUAUUCAUAGGUCUUAAAACUGCUUCCUUGUUUAUAAAUGCACAGUUAGCAGACAUGGCAACAAUUUAAAGAUAUUGGGUAUGUGUUAAGGCUUUUUGUUAAAAUUCUCCACAGUUUGUCUCUCAAACGGGACUUGCUGAAUCACUAGAGCUAAUGUAGAUCUCAAACCCACUGCUUUCUUCAGGGUAUGGAUUUGGACUCGGUAUGUAAAUUUGGCCAGUUUUAAGAAAGUUAUUGUCUGUUUCUCAGGUAUCUUUAUGGCGGUGGGGUCCAAACAGGAAAGAACCCCAUCUUUGCCCCACUCCAUGCUUAGCACUGGUUUGCCUCAAAAACUAUCAUCUCUCUCUUUGAGUGAGAAGUUGUUAUUCUUGUUUAAGAUCAGUGGGUAUAAGAAGAAUAUCCUCCCCUUGAAGAGUGUCAAAACAACACUAUAGCAUUUUGAAACUAAUCUGCCAUACAUCACUAGCUAGUCAGGCCAGCCACCUCUACUGUUGGGUGGAUAGGUCACAAAAAUCUUCUCUUCUAGUGAAGAAAAUCCCACUUUUCCUUAUUGAUUUUAGUUUAAUUUGAUUUCAAAUGGUAUUUUGGGCAUUCCCAGCAAAGACUAUGCAUGUUACUUCAGAAGGCCCAGAUACAGCAAAUGAGAGCAGAGUGCCCAUUUCCUUAGGCUGUGAUUUUUGUUGCAGUAAAAAGGCUGACUUUCUAACUGAAUUUAGCGUGAGAAGUGCCAGCUCUGCUGCCUGAGACUGGAGUCCUGUGGUUCUUCACACAACCAAGACAGCAGAAGUCUCCACAGAGACACACUUCCCAACUAACAUGGCUCAUUCCUGCGCUGGAAGGGCAAGUGGAUAGUUGUCUCUCAUGUCCAGUCAAGUCUUCGGGUACUUGGUUGACCUAGCAACAAGCAUAUCAGUUAAGACAGUGGUCUUUGUGAUGGUGAUGUCUGUUCAUUAAUGACUAAACUCAGACCACCAACUCAAUUCACAUGAGGCACUGGGCAGCCAUCUGAUGGAAAUGAUGGACCCGGUCUCGAUUCAAACCCGUGCAAUAAAGAAGAAAAGCAAAGUCAAUGCCAAUACCUUAAUCAUCUGGUCUCCCAACCUUCUGUCUCUCUCAGCUCACAGACUCUCAGAGCUCUUCAUGUGAAGCUCAUGAGAGCUGCGUAUAUUUGUGUUGACCUUUUUGCAGGGAAGCCUCAUGCGGUGAGGAGAAGAAGCUGGUAGUAAACUUCAGUGUUAUGAUUAUUUUCCUGAUUCAGUAGGAAUAAGGAGUUGCCUUCAUAAACCCAGGAGCUAUUUGUAUUAAUGAUUGAAAAUCUUAUUGAGAGCUGCAUUAGCAAUAGUGUAUUUCCUUAAACUGGAAGGGAGAGAGCUCAGCAGGCUGAGACAAUGGAUUUGACAUUGCAGACUGACAGACCAGUAUUUGAUGGUGGAGAUGGUGUCUUGGCUGCCAGUUCUUGUAACCUUUUCCUAGAAUGCCUUGUAGAUAGAAUGCCAUAGUCUUACGUAGGACAAAUACUAGCCCUUCAGGGCCCCAGGAACUGAGAAGCAGCAGACUAAGAUGGGUAGCUUGCAAAAGAAAUGGUGAUAUUUUAUAUGAUUCAUGAGGGGAGUUCACGGGUACUUCUGGUUGCUAAGAGAGUUUGUACUGACCAACUGAGCAGUUAAAAGGGCAGGUAAUAUAGUGAGUUUUUGGCAAGUGCUAUAUAUCUUCCUAUGGUGGCUAAACCUGAAUCAUAACAGAGUGAAUCCUGAUGCGCACACAGCACUGCACUUGCCCUGAAAUGUACUCAACUAUCAUAGGAGCAUAGUGCACAUUCAUCUGAGUCAGUUUUCUCACUCAUUUUAGUCCCUUUCCCUGUUUGAAUAUGUGGGGAAAUGUGACUCUAAAAGGCCUGCUUCUGCUCCCAUUGAAAUCAAUGGCAAAAUUCCUGUUGAUUUCUGUGGGGGGCAGAUUGUGCCCAGAUCAGGAGUGUCGGUCUAGUGGGGUAAUGCUAAGGUGCAUUUGGAUCUACAGUCAAAAUAAAGGCCCCCAGGAGAUGAGCUGUGAAGUGCCAAAGAAAUUUUGUCCUAGCCAAAAUGGUAAAAAUUAAAAUGUUGAUAACAAAACAGCCUUUAAUAGAAACCAGCACUCUAAUCUGUUAUUUCUUAUGUGUUCAUUCAAAUGCCCUUUAUUCCAUAUUAGUCAGUUGACAUUAGAAAUUAUCUUUAAAAUCAGAAAUCAAUAUUAAACAAAAAUGUGAAAUUUCAGUUAGGACUAUAGGAUUUGUGCCUACCAUAUGCACUGCACCUUUGUUCUCUUACACAUAGUUAUGUUCUUCACAGCAGUUACCACUUGAAAGGUAGGGAAUUUGCAACGUUUUUAAUCAUGCUCAAGACAGCAUGAUGCAUAUAAAAGGGUGGUUUUCAAUAUUUCACGAAGAUUGCCAAAGAGGAGGUGUAUAAUUACAAGUUAAUGGUAGAGAUACGAAUUCUUUUUAGAAGAGAGUCUAUUCCGUGAUUACAUUUUCAUCAAAACAGAGUCUCUUUUAAUGGCAGAUGCAUCUAACUUCCAGGAUACCAAUUGAAAUGUGAAGCUGUUUCUCAGGCUGAUAGGCAGUAGCUUUUUAAUAUGGUUUCUCACUCAGAUUAUCUUCCAUUGUGUCAUAAGCAUGGUGACUCUUGAAGAGUUACAUUGUUGAAAAGCAGAAUCUAAAUUCUAUCUUUGUUAAUCAAAAUUGGUAUUCAAUCCUAGAGAUAUGAAACAGGAAUCUCACCCUCCAAAAGCAACAGCAUGUAAAUUAGAACGAAAGAAGGAAAAUAUGUAUGUAUGCCUAAUAUUCUUUGUGAAUGUUUUUCCUUUAGUUAAAAGUUCUAUUAGAAACCAGAUUGAUAAAUAAAAAAAAUAGAAAUUCUACAUAGAUUUAAUUAUCCUAACAGCUGCUUCCUUGUGCUUUGUAUGUUCUGAUCAUUGUCUAUAUUUUUUUUCUUCCUCUAACAAUAGGAAGUUAAUUUGGAAAGGACAGAAGUCUCUGCCUCGUGAGAAAAGACUCAAAAUAUGCAGGGACUCAUAUCCUCUCCAAAAGGACUUGUUCCUCCUUGCAACAAAGAAGGCAGUCAUACACACAAACAGUGAUUGCUUAAAAAUAAGAAACUGUUGCUUGACUGUGUUUAGUUUUCAUUUCAACCAGCCUUGAUUACAUUCUGAAGGCCAGCUCCUAGGCUAGUGCAAGUUGGCAUAGCUCCAUUGACUGAAUGAGAGCUAUACCAAUUUAGAGCAGCUGAGGAUCUCUUCUCAAAAGUUUGGUCUGCACAAAAUGACUGCUUUUGCUGUGAUUGUUGCCAUUCAGAGCCUACUAUUGAAUGCAGUGAGUUGUGUAUGCAUAUCUAAGGGCAGAAUUGUGCCCUCUGUCUGUUAAUGGGUUAAAUUAUCAGGUUCCAGAAAGCUUUUAUAUUAAAUCCCUUCAGAAAAGUAUAUGAAUUGUACUUGAAUAAAAGUAUGUGAAACCAAGCAGGGAAACAUGAAUGCUACCAAUACCAGUGAGUCAGGGGACAUCGUUAAAUCAUUGUCCCCAACCUGUUGUGCUGUCUACUACAAAUUGCCUUGAUCAUGUUCCAAAACCAACUACAACCCUGGUCCUGUCUAGGACUUUAGCUCAGUUUCUAGAACAUGAUUACAUAUACAUGACAAAUUGUGACCCUGUUGUACCCUGGCAGUCCUGACUCUGCUAUAUUUAUACUGUGGGAGCUCAAGAGGGGGAGAAUAGUUGUAUGUUCUAGUGGAAGUAGGGUUACCAGAUGGCAACUGUGAAAAACGGGACAGGGGGUUGGGGGUAAUAGGCGCCUAUAUAAGAAAAAGUCCAAAACGGGAUUGUCCCUUUAAAAAUGGGACAUCUGGUCACCCUAAGUGGAAGGAUGUUCAUCUUGAUGGGAGUUCUGUCAUGUGGCUAGAGCAAUGUACUGGGAUUGAAGACCCGUCCAUUUUAUUAUCAUCUCUGCUACUGACACACUGCACCUUUGGGCAAAGCUUUAACCUCUGUCUGCUUCAGUUUAUCCACUGCGUGUUUCAUGGAGGUCAGUGUGUGUGUGUAAAAUACAAGAUUAUUUUGUGUGAUGUGGA